AUGGCGGCUUUUCUCCUGCUUCUCUCCCUGACCCUCCUGGCCAGCCCAGCCUGGGCUAGCACAGGCCUGAUCUCCAAGGAUCAUCGGCAGGAACCCACCCUCCAGAGCCAGCAGCACCAGCAAGACAGCUCCUUCUUGGAGGGAUCAGCCCAAGUGACCUGUAGCAGCUGUCAGAUCAUCAUGCAGAAACUUAAGGACAUGGUUGGGAACAACACCAAGGACAUGGAGGCGAUUAAGCGUGCGGAGAACCAGUUGUGCAAGUUUGUGAGUUUUAUCCUCCGGAAGUCCUGCCAGACUCUCAUGUUGAAAUACUUGCUCCCCAUCGCCAUUGCUGUUCGGCUGGGCAAGUCUCCCCGGGACGUCUGCGUGGGCAUCAAGUUCUGCAAGAAUAAGGAAGUAGGUUGCCAGGGAAAAGAUCUGAGAGCCCGAAUCUACCCUUGAGAAGAAGAGUCUGGAGGGAGAGUGGCCCCAGCCUGACAGAUGGUCCCUCCGGAGAUACUGAUCCUGCUCAGAAGUUUCAGCGGCUCUGUCCCUGCCCCCCCUCCCCCCCGAUCUGCCAACACCCCCACUCCAACUUGCAGCCCCUCCCCCUGGCUUUUCCAGAGAAUAAAAUGUCAUGAACGCA